AUGGGUGUCAGCCGUGUCCUCGAACUUUUGAACGUGCUCUACCCGUCACCCGAUACACCGGUAUAUGCCUUACCAAAUCAGAUCCAACAAGCUGAAGCCCAGAAGGCCUUAUACGAUUUCAUGGCUGAGCCAUCUGCCUGGUCUUUGGCAAGCGAAAUGUUGGAUUCAUUGGGAAAGCAUGAAUGGGCAGAGAAUACCAACGCAAGGUUCAUUGCUGCACACACGUUAGCUGUGAAGGUAUCCAGGGACUGGACGAGUUUUCCUACAGAUCAGUCGCUUAACUUGAAAGAACGUUUACUCCAUUGGUUGCAACAAAGUGUUAUUCGCACCGCUUCGUCGGUUCCCGGAGAGAAAAUCGUGUUGAGAAAGCUGUCUGUGGCGAUUUCUGUACUGUCAUUCAAGCUAGUUCCCGAACCAUCGAAGUGUUGGGAUAACUGGCUUCUCGAAGUGAUUUCGCGGCUAGCAUGUGGUCCGACUGUCACAAGCUCUUUGCUGGACGUAUUAACCGUGAUCGCAGAGGAAGCUGAACGGGCGGAUAUGUUAGGUGCUCGCAGGGUGCAGUACGAUAAGUCUAUUCAAGAUGGCAGUGGACUCGUUAUCAGAACUUUAUCGGAAGCUCUCGUCUCAGAAUCUCGCUCGAUAAGACUCGCCGCCCUCAGUUGCAGUCAAGCGUGGCUUUGCUCUUCUCACUUAAACAUCGAUGGACCUAUUACCUUAUGGCCAAUUCUAUUGGACUUGCUAUUCAAUUCCCAGUAUCUUAUGGUUUACUUAAAUCCAAAUACGUCUAUCCACAUUGCCGACGAGGAAGAGGAUAUUGUUCAAAGGUCUGCCGAUUGUAUUGAAGAGUUGGUGUCUGGUAGCCGUGGAGGAGCUAGCAUUGGAGCUGGCUUUGUGACCAAGGCGAGAGCUGAAGUCCUUCUGGACUGGUUUGGUGGCGACUUUGUAGGCUCUAUUAUUGAACGAUCAGUAGCUUCAGGAGAGGUUCCCGAUGCGAUCUUAUCCAUCUACAAACUUUUUACUUCCUUGUCCGAGCACUCCAUUGCCGGCAUCGCAGCAAACCUUUCAUCUCCGCGAAGCUUGAAAAUGAUGAGACAUUUAUUGCGACUCAGUACCUUUCCCGGCUAUGGUGGAAUCGACGAAAAUAUAUCGAUACUUAUUCUUCCGAUUUGGACGCUACUACAAGAAGAACUUAAUGACUUAGGAUAUCUGGCAACCGCCCCAGACAACUCUGAGUUCAAUUUACCACCUUCUCUGGCCCAGGAAAACCAUCCAGAGCUAAGAUCUCUAUCAACUGAGCUUUUCAAAACUUUAUCCCAAGGCUUGAAACUCAAAUCAACUUGGCCAAAGCAUGAUUUUAUUGCUGAAAAUUGGACUAAAGACAUGGUCGCUUCUUUCAAGUCGCAUACCAGGGCCGACUUGGCAGAAUGUCUUUUGGCCUGCUAUUACGUUUGCCGCGAUGAAUUGUUGCUCGACUUGGUUAUUGAAACGAAAUCGCUGCUAAGUAGAAGUCAGGAACCGAAUGAUUGCUAUGAGGAACUAGAAGCAUGUCUAUUUUGCAUCCGAGCCAUCCAAGAUGGGAUUCCGUUGGAAGAAAAUACGGCUUUGCCCCUAGUAUUCAGCUCUGAAAUCUUGGGAAGAAUCCCUAUCGGAGAUACAGCACCUUUACUGCGGUUGAAAGGCACGUGCUUGGGGCUGAUCGCUUCCUUUUCAGAAUGGCUUAAGCACCGUCCAAGUCACCUACUUUGCUCCCUCAACUUGGUUGCACCGUCCUUGAACUGUCCGGACUCGGAGACGAUCUCACUGGCAGCCAACGCUUUGCGUAGACUUUGUCAUGAAGGAAGGAAGGUUCUAGUCAAUGAAAUUGCACCUUUAGCAGAGCUGAUUCGGUCUACCGAGGGAAAAAUCAUGCCCGAUGAGUACAACAAGGUCUUGCAGGCAGUUGCCAGUGUACUCCAGGCUCUUCCCCCCAAAGACCUGGUCCAGCCAAUUCUUAGUUUGUUGGAGCCGGUCUUAACGCGACUGGAUCUUGCUCUACAGCAACAUUCUCAAGCACCUGAUCCCAAUAAUCGUUUGGUUAUCAUCACUCAGCUGCAACAAUUGAAGGCUUGCAAUCAGGGACUUUCUGAACCUGACGAAGAGCUCAUUUUACUGGAUAUUGAUGACGAAGCGGAAACAGAAAAAGAAAAGAUGGCUCAGUUGACUCAAUUAGAACCUAUCCGUAAUCUUCAACAAAAUCUCUCUCAGCUAAUCUCCAACGCUUUGGUUCAAUCUUUAGGUGAUGUUGAUAUGGCUGUGACUCUAUCAGAACUCGCCCGAUCAUGUACAUCCAGCAGUAUCCCUACAGCAAUCUCACUCGAUCCUUUCCUACUGCUCACGACCUGUAUCUCGAACAUCAGUCGGGAUCCUGCCAAUCUAGCCAUUUGGUUCUCGCUUUCCACUUCUUUGGUUAUCGCUACCUGCCGACUUAAAGGCCAAGACUUUCCUCAAGAUCAGUGGAAUGCUCUUUUGGGUUGCGUCAAAGAGUCGGUUAAGGUCACUGCUUCCGUGUUAAAUUCUGAUGCUCAGAUGAUGCAAGAACCGGAUGUGGUUCAGACGUUUCUGCAGCUCUGUGCAGCGAUUAUUGAAAGAUAUGGACAGAUGUUUGUAGCUCUGAAAGAUGAGUUGCAGAUCAUAUUGACCAUCGCCAUUGCUGGUUUGAAAGUCGAAGAAAGAGUCGCUUUACAGGCUGCUUUAGACAUCCUUCGAAUUUUCGCUCAGCAAACACAGAAAGCAUCCUCGCAAGCUCAAGUUGAUCUGUUCCUCGAGUUAUUAACGAUCCAUGGACAAGAAGCGUUGAAUCAAAUUGUUCUCGGGAUCAGUGGAAAGCUACCAAGAAGCUCUUUGCCAAGCCUAUCAGAAACGUUACAUUGUUUUAUGAUUAAAUUGCCUCGCCUCAGUCAGAUAUGGCUCGCCAAACUUUUGGAAACGCCUGGAUAUCCGAACGAAAAAUUAACUGAAGACAAAAAAGUUAGAUUUUUGAAGAAUAUUACCGCGGCUCGGACGCUCAAGAAGGCCAGAGAUGUGUGUAGUGACUUCGCCAUUGUCUCAAGAGGACUAGAAGGAACUGCUUAUGGAGCAAGUCAACUGAGUCUAUCGUUUGCAGAUUAA